CCGGAUCGAGAGAUUGGCUGCCGUCCCGCGCCCGUCGACGACGUAUUCACAUCGUUGGAGGCGCGAAAGUAGCCAUCCGCACUGCAUAAAUCAGCAGCCAACGUUCGCCGCCGCCGCAGCAGCUCUCAGUAGAGAGAGAGCAAAAACAAGAGAGCAGCCCACAAAUAGAUGCAAUUCAUCCGCCAGUGCUUCGGCAUGUCAAAGAAAGUACCACAAAGAAUCGUGGACCCGCACCACCACUUCUACACGCCGUCCGUGGAAGCGGGCCCCGGCGGCCACUCCGGAUUUUUAAGAAAGCUGGGCGCGCCCGACUACCCGCCGGAGGAGUACGUCAAGGACAAAUCACAAUUGAACAUUGUGAAGAGCGUCCACGUCGAGGCGCUGCCCGACGACGGUGUGGCCGAGGCCGCGUGGGUCGCGUCGCUGAUCAAGGAGGGAAGGGCCCCGACGGUCAAGGCCAUCGUGGGCAAGGUAGAUCUGGCGGCGCCCGACGCUGCACAAAAACUCGAAGCGCUCGUGAAAACAUCAGACUUAGUGAAAGGCGUGCGCUACAUCAUCGAUUACGACGGCCCGUGGGGAGAAGACAACGGGACGCACCCCGAGGUGUCGCGCCACGGCAAGGACUACUUGCGGGGGCCCGAGGCUUCGGACUUCGAGCGCGGCUUCUCCUUAUUAGCUAAACAUGGCCUCUCGUACGACCCUGCGUGGAAAUCAACCAGUGCGAUUUCUCGGCGAUGGCGCGGCCGUCCUGGCUCGGUCGAGCGGCGAGGAACGAGCACCACCACGCCAUCGAGCAGGCGUCGCGUCGAUGGCGUGGAGGACGACGCGACGAUGAACGCACCGUAAACUUUUGAUUUCCACACAGGUACGACCUGCAGUGCGCGCCGGCGCAGCUGCCGGCGGCCGCGGCUUUAUUAGCGCGCCACCCCGACAUUCCCGUCGUGCUCGACCACGCGGGGAAAGUAAGGAAGUUGGAUGGUGGCAGCGCGGACGCCGCGAAAAUUGAAGCGUGGCGGGCGGGCGUCACGCAGCUCGCGAAGCUCCCCCAGGUCCGCGUCAAGCUGUCCAUGCUCGGCUUCCUCGUGCCCGGCUGGACCGACGACGCGGCCAAGGAGGCAAUCGUGGUCGGGCUCGUCAAGGAGCUGCUGGCGCUCUUCGGGCCGGAGCGCUGCAUGUUCGCGUCGAACUGGCACGGGUCGGGGGCGUCGUCGAACGCGGACUACUGCGACGAGUGCCAGCCGACGAUGACGGAGCUCUACGAAAAGUUCCAGGGCUGGUGCGACGGGCCGCUCGGCUUGGACGCGGAGGCGCAGGCUAUGGUGUUUGCGGGGACGGCGGAGGCGUUCUACCGCAUCUAGGUAGUGCCCUCGUAAUGUGCCCGUGAAUUGCGUCGCGUCGACGGCGUCGGGGCCUACGAGCU